UGGCAGUAUUACCAAGUAUGGGAUGGACGUUCUGUCGGGCUACGCGAGGUGGUAUCCAUUGAUUUUCCUCACAUACAAAAUUCCCUCAAUAUUGCAAUGCUCUCAAUGAAGCUCUUCAUAAUGACGACAGCCUGAAUUUGGUUCUAGCCGAGUUGUUCUUUUCUGAUAACAAGGAAGCCGGAGCGGCGCUGAAUGUUUGCCCAGGAUGAAACUCGUCACUGACUACUGGCCUUGUAAAUGUUGGUAGCGAACAUGUUUUCCGCUCGCCGACCUCUUGGAGUAGCGCUGUUUCUCCUGGUCCUUGUUCAGGCAUUACAUGGCGCCGCCGGACAAUCAACAGGUUGUCUUAAUGAAACGUACUCUUUCUCUGGCGCUCUCUCACCCGUCCGUUAUUCUUCAUUCCUGAAAGUCGUUACGGCAAAAAAAACCUUGCUUAUCUCUUUAACAAGGCUAAUCCCAGUGGCCCAGCAGUGGAUCAUACUACAAUGACAGAAGAUGGUCAGUUUCUUGCUUUCCAACAACUACUGUGCCGAUUGAACAAUAAGACAUCUGGUACUGCAACCACUCCACAUCUCUGCCCAACAUCACCACAAUCAUCUGUUAGAUGUAGCAUGACAUACUAUUACAACCUGCAUGGGAUCUAUGCUGGAGGACUCUAUGUUGGCACCCGGUUUAGGACUAUUGAUUCUUUUAGUGGAGACCAAGGCCAUGGUCGGAAUUGGACAAAAUCUACCAUACAGGCAGACUUCCCACCAGGGACACCAAUUGAGUUUGUAUUCAACUUCACGUGCAACCCAAAUCCUAUAAUGGAACCUCUGGUGUUUUCGCAAGUUACACAAGGGAUUGUCGCUAUAGAUGACAUCACCGUCGUAUGCGACUGUUCCGCACAACAAGCUUCUUGCAAAGGGACAACUCCAACUCCCCAGAUCUUCACCAGCCGCGGCGUCAGCAGUUCUCAGUUUGUGUCAACUUCACCAACUGACUUGUCAGGGACGUUGCCAUAUAGCACCACUUACCAAAGCAGCUCCCAAGGAAUGGCUCACUCUGCUCUACAUGAAUCCACAACAACCAAAGCAACUCGGUCCACCGUGUCACCAGUUGAAUCAAAUGAACAACAAACAGCUGUCCCAAUUGCAAUCAUACUCGGAGUGUCUGGGUUAGCAGCCGGCGUCAUCAUUACUCUAGCAGUGGUUCUCGUUAUGAAAAAGAUGCGAUCCAGGCUGCAAGCGGAAAGCCAGCAUCAAGACAACACAGCUCACGCUGUCUCAUUCCAACUUCAUGGAGCACCUGCUCCAAGUACGGAGAAUCCUGCCUAUGGUGUGGCCAUUACUAGUACAUGUGUAUCAACACCAUCAAAGAAGGCUGCUGGAGCUACGCGGAAUGGCAACACUAGCACAAAUAAUCCAUUCGAUUCGCAUGAUUAUAUGGAUAUUCCGUAACCAAAUUAAUGUACUCAUUAAGUGGUCAGCGGUACCAUUCGGCCUUUCAAUAAAAUAGCGCUCCUCUUCUCCAUGCGCGCAUCAGCAGACUAGCUGCUUCCUUCGGUCGCCAUUACACAUGCACACAUACGGAUACUGUAAUGCCUCCCGACUGCUAUUUCGUCUACAAAAGGGCUCUCUAGAGAAGGUGAUGCUGAACCAGAUAAUCUGAUGGACAUGGUGUACUGUAGAAAAUAGGCACAAGGCACUGGGCAAGGUGUGAAACUGACAAAGAAAAGAGAAGUUUACAAGAACAUUCUCAAAUCAUACACAGUGCGCAGGCCCACGGUUCCUUGACAAUAGCAAGUGAGAAACUGGUGUUGUCCUACUUCGAAGCACUAUCAUAAUCAUCAUUUUUUCGUAUGGCUAGAUAUUUGUCCUAUUUCCUCCAAACCUUCUCGUGUUUCCUAUGAUCGAUAAUUCAAAAAGUGUUGUGUGUUUCUCUCUGUUGUUUACCGUACCUACCUUCAUUUACCCUUAUGAUGCAUGGUCCCACCUAUGGCUGCUGGAUGCUAGCCCGGUGUGUGCCAAUCUCAGGCCUUCGGCUGAGUGCUGAUUGCGUACAUUGUACACUCAAUGACUACAUGUACAGUUAUGUGUAUUGAAGAGAAAUUCCACAUCUUCAUGGCGGUUGGUUGGGUUCUUUUCUUUAACUUUGGGUUCUUUUCAUUUGCUUCGAGUUCUUUACAUUUUAAAAUUGUUUUGGGUUUUAGUUGCAUUUCUAUUAUUGAUCAAGAUGGUAUUUUUGCCCGUACAAGAGGCCGGACCAAGUGA